AUUCGAUUCACUUUCGAGCGCCAGGAAGCGUCUUAAGUCUUCCAGUCGCUAGGAGACGGGCAACCGGAAACGGAAGUCCCUUCCCGGCUCUUUCCCGGAAGAAGCUGUCAUGGCUGCCGGGGAGGACGUAACUGCCUUACAGGCUGCAAUUGCCCGGCGGGAGGAAGAGCUAGCUUCGCUCAAGCGGAGGCUGGCCGCGGCCCUGGCAGCCGAGCCGGAGCCCGAGCGUCCGCUCGCGCUCCCGCCGCCGCCGCUGCCGGCCCGGGCCGCGCUGUCGCGGGACGAGAUCCUCCGCUACAGCCGCCAGCUGCUGCUGCCGGAGCUGGGCGUGCGCGGGCAGCUGCGCCUGGCGGCCGCGUCCGUGCUCGUGGUGGGCUGUGGCGGGCUGGGCUGCCCGCUGGCCCAGUACCUGGCGGCGGCCGGCGUGGGCCGGCUGGGGCUGGUGGACCACGACGCGGUGGAGACGAGCAACCUGGCCCGCCAGGUCCUGCACGGCGAGGCGCAGGCGGGCGAGAGCAAGGCUCGCUCGGCGGCUGCGGUGCUGCGCCGCCUCGACUUGGCGGUGGAGGGCGUGGCGUACCCGCGGGCCCUCAGCAGGGACUGGGCGCUCGACCUGAUCCGCGGCUACGACGUGGUGGCCGACUGCAGCGACAACGCGCCCACGCGCUACCUGGUGAACGACGCGUGCGUGCUGGCCGGCCGGCCGCUGGUGUCGGCCAGCGCGCUGCGCUUCGAGGGCCAGAUGACCGUCUACCACCACGCCGGCGGGCCGUGCUACCGCUGCGUGUUCCCGCGGCCGCCCCCGCCCGACACGGUGACCAACUGUGCCGACGGCGGCGUGCUCGGAGCGGUGCCCGGCGUGCUGGGCUGCGCGCAGGCGCUCGAGGUGCUCAAGAUCGCCGCCGGCCUCGGCGCCUCCUACAGCGGCAGCAUGCUGCUCUUCGACGGCCUCGGGGGCCACUUCCGCCGGAUCCGCCUGCGGCGCCGCCGGCCCGACUGCGUCGUGUGCGGUCAGCAGCCCACCGUGACCCGCCUGCAGGACUACGAGGCCUUCUGCGGCUCCUCGGCCACCGACAAGUGCCGCGCCUUGAAGCUGCUGAGCCCCGAGGAGCGGAUUUCGGUGACCGACUACAAGCGGCUUCUGGAUUCCAGGGCGCCCCACGUGUUGCUGGACGUCCGGCCUCAAGUAGAGGUGGACAUCUGUCGUCUGCCGCACUCUCUCCACAUCCCUUUGAAUCGGUUGGAGCGCAGGGAUGCGGACAGCCUGAAACUCUUAGGGGCUGCCCUCCAGAAAGGGAAGCAGGGUUCGCAGGAAGGGGCUGCUCUCCCGGUGUAUGUGAUUUGCAAACUGGGGAACGACUCCCAGAAAGCUGUGAAGGUCCUGCAGUCCUUGACGGCAGUGCCAGAGUUAGACUCUUCAACUGUUCAGGAUAUCGUGGGGGGACUCAUGGCCUGGGCUACCAAAAUUGAUGGGACAUUUCCACAGUACUGAGGGGACUACAUGUGAUUCGUGUGGAUGACGGUUGUGAUACCUGAAGUAUCUAUUCGAGCUUUAUAAAAUAAUGUAGGGAAGAGCAUGGAUUCACAGUCUCCGAAUAAAUAAACUUUUUUUUUUUUUUUUUUUUGCAAGGAGCUUUUUGAGAAAAGAGGAUCACAUUGCCCCCCAGAGUUGCUUUGUGUUUUGGGCACUUGUGCAGCACCUUCAACNUGUGACAUGGUANGACAGGAUUUUUUUGUUUCCCACCGGGUCAGAUCAAAGCGCUCUCUGGGCCAUCCAUCUUAUACUUGGAGUUAAGAUGCAGCUUUUACAACUGUAUUAAUCACUUACAUUCAUCCUGUUUUUAAAUUAAGGUCUUCUUUGGGAGGUUGCAGAGAUGGCUUAGCGUGGGCUGCUCCCCAUGCCCACCCCCGGGGGGCGGGGCACUCUGGUUUGACUCCAGCAUUCCUGAGUUGGCUCUGCAACUCCAGCUCCACGACAUCAUAUGCUGUCCCCUGGACUCCUCCAGCUCCGGGCAGGGACUUGGUGUACAGACAUACAUGCAGCCAAAACAUAAAGGUUUAAAAUCUAAGAAAAAACGUUUUUAAAAAGAUAUUGAGUCUUAAUUCUACUUCAAGUGAUAGGCUAUAUCCCUUAAAAAUACUUGGUUAGCGUUUUCAUUAUCUGGAAGUUGAUCGUUGUAUAGAACCGAUUGUGAGUUCAGAGUGCAGUCCUGACAGUUUAGCAUCAUGUGUCCACCAGCUUCCCUCAGAAGUUGCUAGCGUUUUGUUUUUGUUUUUUUUUUUUUUCUUGUACUUAGCUCCAGUCUCUGCUUUAGGCUAUACCAGUGGUUCACAACCUUUUGGUCCAGACCCCAUGGGGGGUCAAAUGACCCCUUCACAAGAUGGCCUAAGAUAAUUGGAGAACAGAUAUUUAAAUUAUGAUUCAUAACAAUAGCAAAGUCACAGUUAUGAAAUAGCUACGAAAGUAACUUUUGUGGGUGGGGGGUCACCAUAACUUGAGGAACUGUAUUAAAGGAAGGGCUGCAGCUUUAGGGAGGUUGAGACCCACUGGCUUGUGCUCUGGCCCCUAACGUGGCAUUAGUUUAACCACGUGGUCCUGCUUUGGAAUCUUCCAGUCCUAAGUCUCAGCCUUUUGCUCCAUCCAUUUGUCUUUCUCUUUGAUCCAGUGUACUCUAUUCCAGCAUUUUUUAUGUAGGUAUUUUUAUGUUUAUUUGCAUAGUAAACAGUUUGACCAACCCUACUGGUGAAGGUCGGUCUUCCCAGCUAUUUGGCUGAGGCAGGAGGAUCACAAGUUUAGGCCUGUGUGAGCUACAGAGUGAGUCCAAGGUCAGCCUGGCCAACUAAUGGAGACCCUGUGGGUAGUGGUAGGGUCGUUGCCUAGCAGCCGAAGGACUCUGGCUUCUUCUCCAGUACCAGAAAACAGUUUGGUGAGCAGGUGGGCAACCCACCCUGCUUCCUGAAGAAAAGCAUGCAGUUGCCAAAAGGGUGUUGGGAAUAGAGGCUGAUGCAAUCCCCUGAAAGAUCAGCUAGUGCUAAGCCACCUCUCCAGCCCCAGGCCUCUGUUUGAGAAGCAGAGACCAUGGAAGCAACUCAAGUAGCAGUGUCUCUGGCAGUUUUUUAGAAAAAGGAUAAAAACAUAGCUAGGGCUGGUGAGAUGGCUCAGUGGGUAAGACCACCUGACUGCUCUUCAGAAG